AUGUCUCUUCGUCUUCUUCGUCCUCUUCCGAUGCCCCCAAAGCCCCCGUUCUUCCCAUCUGGUUGGAGGAAUCCUCGUCUACCUCCCGGUCUUGCUGCAGAGCAGCAAUGGUGCUCUCGUACUCCUCCCGCUCCCCAUCCCUCAUCUGCUGCUGCUGCUCCUGCUCCAGCCGAGCCCUCUCCUGGUACUCCUGCUGGAGUACCUCGGCCCGCCACUGGAACUCCUCCUGCAGGGAGGCAAACUUGGGCUACUGCUGUUGAUACUGCUCUCAUCAACCUGACCUUCCAACUGGUCCAAAUCUGGGGUAGCAUUGCUUUCGUCACGACGGUGUCAAUGAGACCGGAGCCUCCACGACGAGGACGACGACGACGACCACCACAACCGCCAAGACGGCCUCUUUUGAGUCGUGAGCUUGAGGCAACGAUGAUUCUCUCCAUCACCUCUCGCUUCGUUGCUUCCAUCUCAGCUGCUACUGUUGCUGCUGUUGUAGUCACACCCGCUCUUAAUUCUUCUGUUGGAGUUCCUGGGCCCGCCGGUCGUGCUCCUCCCGCGACGAAGCAAAGUGGUGCGGCUAGUAUUGAGGUUGCUUGUUCAGUUUCACGAAAGCGGAGAUUAUCAACGAAACCAGAAAGCAAAGAGAACAACCUCAAUACCGGCGGCAUUAUAAGCGCAAAGGGACCCGGCAAAGGCGGCUGA